AUGCUCGUCUUCCUCCUCGCUGCGCCAUUACUGGCCCUUCCUGCCGCCGCAAUCACGACGAACGAGGGCUCCGUAUGUCUCGACUCGUGUGCCUCCUGGUCAACAACACUGGAACACUGCCGCAACACAUUCAGCGAUAAGAGACUACUUCUACUCGAACCAGUUCCUCGCCUGUCUCUGCACGGGCCAGAACCCGAACGGCGAGUACGGGAACACGACGAUAAGCCAGUCGGCGAGCAACUGCGAGUCGUGCUCGACGACGCCAGCGCUCAUCAAGAAGGACCUCUCCGAGCUGACAACCAGACGUUUAUCAACCUCUGCGCCGUGCAGGCCCAGAACGGAUCAGCAGCGAACUCGACGUUCUUCGCGCCUGUCAGCUACAAGACGGGCGACGACCAGGAGAUCAAGGACUCGCUGGAGAAGCACAGUGCCGCCCUCCCCCUCGUCUGGAGCGGGGCGCUGCUCACCGCCGCACUCGGGGCAGCGCUUUCGGCCCUCUAA